CACGUGCUUCACAACAUUGGGCCUCGCCAGCCGCCGUUGCGGUGUCACGUGACAUGCCAGAGCAUCGAUUAGCUAAGUUGGCUAGUAGCGUUAUUCCUGCUUCUCCGAUAGUUUUUGGACUGUUAAGUUGUGCCGACGAGAAAGACGGGUGACUGUGAAGGGAAGUGGUCCAACUGUCCGACUCCCCCUGGUCAGGAGUCGCCGUUUGAGUCUCCUUUAUAGGCGCGGUCUGCUGCGGAAGGCGAACAGGCCAUCAGCUCCUGCGUGGCUGGAUCGGGUCGAGCAUGCUGCUGCAUUACUGCCCGCACUGUGGCUCUAAAGUCCAGUCUGGGUUCAAGUUCUGUCCGUGUUGCGGGGAGAAGCUCCCCUGCCUGGUUAACUCGGCUGGAACUGCGGACGCAGAGGCUGCAGUGGUGUCCGAUCCAGUUCCUCAUGGCAGCUUACACAGCCUUCCUCCUGGCCCACACUCGGUACUGUCAGCUCUCAGCGGCAGUGCAGGUGCUGUUGAGGCUUCGGCCAGUUCAUCGUUGACCCGCUCACCGAUCUUUCGGUCUACACGCCAAACAGCCACUAAGAUGACAAGCAGUCCAGCAACCCCACCAAAAGCUGUAAAACACACAGACCGGAGGGCUCUGACAUCGCCUCGGAAGCGAAAAGCAUCCCCGAAGGUGCAAGAAGAGGAAGAGCCAAAGGAGGUGUCCUCUUCAUCAGCCCAGACUUCUCCUUCAGGUCAGAAGUCUUUGACGUCACCUCGGAAACGAAAGGCAUCCCCCAAGGUGCAAGAGGAGGCAGAGCUGCAGAAAGUGUCUUUACCCCCAGCCCAAACUCCCCCCUCAGCGAAAGGCAAAGCAAAGAGGGCCAAGCGACUGUGUGUCGUGGAGCCUGUGCAGGAAGGGGUGGAAUUUUGUGACCAGUCCGGAAAGAAAUGGAAGCUGGUGAAACUAUUGUUUCAGACAGACGUGGAGCUUACUUAUGGAGUGCAACAGGUCAGUCUGGGAACCAGCUCUGAGGCCUGGAAGCACAUUUUGAGACUGGGUGCUAAAGAAGGACAACUGUUUAAUGAACAGAACUUCCUCCAAAGAGCUGCUAAACCUGCCACAGUGGAGAAGUGGAUGAAGAAACUCAGUAUGGACUUUCUUGGAAUUCCAUCAUGUGUGGGCUUUGGUCUUCAUGACACAUACAGAUUUUUAAUUUUUCCUGACAUGGGCCAAACUCUGCAAUCAGUUAUGGACACAGAGCUGAAGUGUCUGCCUGAGAAAGCAGUUCUGCAGCUGGCGCUACGAUUAUUGGACGCUCUGGAGUUUGUGCAUGAAAGUGAAUAUACUCAUGCAGACAUCCAUGCUGGCAACAUCUACAUCAGCACAGUCGGACACUCGCAGGUCUUCUUGUCUGGCUUUGGCCAUGCAUUUAGGUUCUGUCCUGGAGGAAACCAUGUGGAGUACAGGGAAGGGAGCCGUACUCCCCACCAGGGAAACCUCAACUUUAUCAGCUUAGAUUCACACAAGGGAGCUGGUCCUUCUCGCCGCAGCGAUCUGCAGUCUCUGGGUUACUGUCUGCUUUCUUGGAUCACAGGCAUUCUACCCUGGAGUGACGCCACUCAGUCCAGCUCGGCUGUCUCUGCUGAGAAGGAAAGGUAUAUGACUGAUGUUCUUGGGCUAGUGAGCAGCUGUUUUAAAAAGAGGAGAGUUUCAGGUGUAUUACAGAGCUAUUUGUCUCAGGCAAUGGGGCUGCACUAUACUGAGAAGCCAGAUUACUCACUCCUGAAAGCUGGGCUUAAUGAGGCUUUGCAAAAGAUGGGAGGGACGCUGGGAGAACCACUGAUUUUCAGAUGAAAGAAAACGGUGUGAAUGGAUGAACCGGAUGAAGCUUGCAUCUGACCAUCGCACGGGGGAUUUUCUAUCAAACUGUUUUUAGAGGGAGCUUUUCCGCUGGUGACCACUUCUGUUUUGUUUGGUUUUAAAAUGGUGUGUUCUGAAGUUUUUACCACAGCGACUGCCUGGUUCUCCACAAGCUGCACCCAAGGGCUCAUUAAUGUGAUUCCCUUUUUUGGGAAAAGAAGCUGAAAGUUCUGAACAUCCAGUUAAUGCGGUUUUACCAUGUGCUCAUUUUUUAAGUCGCACUCACCGUUCGUGGUAGUUAAUGUGUGUGUGUGUUCGUUUGAAAUUAAACCAUUUUUUAACUAA